AUGGGUGUGAAUCGAACGACCAUUCUCUCCAUUCUCUCGUUCAUUCUCGGAACGACCAAUGGUACAUCGAUGAAUCAAAUUGUUUCUGCUUGUCAAAAUAAUUCAUCGCAUUCAAUCACUCCUUCGAUUGUUUAUAUUGAUGGAAAUUCUUUAAUUCAUCACAAAUUACAAACAGCAAUUCCAGAAAGUGCAACAACCAACACGUUAUUUAAUGAAUCAAAUAUGAAAAAAAUUGUUGAACAAGUGAAAGAUUCGUUGUGUACACAAAUUGAACAAAUUUAUUUGAGUCAUCGACCCAUUGAAAAAAUUGUGCUCGUAUUUGAUGGUCCAUGUCCUUUUGCCAAAAACAAUGAACAGAGAAAGAGAAGAUUUUCCAAUGUUUCUAGCUUAAUUGCUAGUCCAGGAACUUUUUUCAUGUUUAAAUUAUGCCAAGCCAUGUAUAAAUGGUCAGCAGAUACUUUUUACGCUCAUUCUAGAAAAGGAAUUGAUAUCACAGUAGAAUUUUCAGAUUGUUUUGUGGAAGGAGAAGGUGAAAUUAAAAUUUUAGAAUCGAUUCGAAAGUAUCAUGCAUGCCAUUCAGAUGAAAAAUUAUCUGCCAAAACUCGUCACAUCGUACAUACCAAAGAUAGCGAUUUUACAUUACUACUACUUGCAUGUCUUGAAGAAAAUAUUAUUCUAGUGAAUGAUUAUCAAAAAAUUGAAAAGAACGUAUUGGUAAGAAAAUUGAAGGACCAAUUUGGAAUAGUUGGCGAAGAUCAGAAUUCACACACAACAAUUCACAGAAUCAUGUUGGAUCUUGUAUUGCUCUGUAUUACCUUUGGAAAUGAUUAUUUACAACCAAUGCCUCACGAACAAAAAUUACUCAACUUGUUACUGAGAUACAAGAAGAAGAAGCUGAAAGAAAAAUAUUCACAACGAUUUCUAGUAGAAGUGAAUUCAGAUCAUGUGAAAAUGGAUAUGGAUUUCUUUAUUAGAAUUUUAUUGAAAUCAAAAGACGUACAACCUAACAUGACAAGAAGCGAGAAGGAAAUUGAUGAAACUAGGAAAUACCUCGAAAGUUUGAUGUGGUGCAUCUCGACCUAUGAAACUGGAGUUUGUAAAGAUUAUAGACACUUUUCAAAUCAUAACCCACCCAUACUUCUAGGACAAAUGAUUCAAGAUAUGCGAAAAUUAAUAGAAAGAAAUGGUAACUCGCUGAAAUAUACUUCUUUGGGACAGACAAGCUUGAAACCAGCGACUUUCCUGAUGUCCGUCAUGCCAUUCACUGUUUUCAGACAAAGUAUACCGAAACCAAUUCUUGCUGUGAUCGAGAAAGAUAAAUCAAUCAUUAGAGAAUAUCAAAAUCAUUUUUUGAAGGCAGAACAUUUUGAUCAACUCAAGAAAUUGGAAGAACUUUUACUGAACGAAGUCAAUUUGAAAUCGUGUCCUGAGGCCGAUAACGAAAUUUGGAUGGAAAAAUUAUUGACUAAAAGUCAGUCGUUUUCAAUUUCAAAGAAGCACGUGGAAUCUACUUAUUUGAGAAUUAACAGAGUUUGGAACGCAAUGAAGAAAUCUUCGAUGGGCUUGUGA